CAGCAGUUUGCCUUCCUUCCGUCCACACGGAUGGACAAACUCUCCAGGUCCUCCAGGUCCUACACCACUUCUUCUUCUCAUUCCAGGAGGAACAUCGGCAUUGCCUUUCUUAUACUCUCUCUAGUAUUUGGAUUCAAUUUCACGCUCGAUUACUUUGCACCUCGUCGGCGUACCAACUCCGCAGGCCACUUCCAACGCGACGUCCUCCAACGAUGUCGUUCUCUCAAGAUUAAAGCAGGGCCUGCUUCAGAUUUUUACUCUCGGUCGGAAUCUGACCGUUUUGUCCACGGAACAAAACCGACAUUGAUCAAGAACGCGAAGAUAUGGACGGGAAUGGAUAAUGGAACUGAAAUCAUCUCCGGUGACAUCCUACUCGACAAAGGUCUCAUAAAGGCUUUGGGAAAUGUUGGAAAAUCGUUGUUAUCUCAAUACAAGGAUGACGAGCUCGUUGUUAUGGAUGCUCAACACCGCUAUGUCACGCCCGGAAUCGUCGAUGUGCACAGUCACAUUGGAGAUGCUUCUAGCCCUUCAUUGGAAGGUGCUGAAGACGACAACUCUGUCAAAGGAACUAUCGCUCCCUGGAUGCGCUCUUUGGAUGGGCUCAACACUCACGAUGAUUCAUAUGCGCUCUCAAUUUCAGGUGGUGUCACGACUUCCGUCGUGUUGCCUGGCUCAGCAAACGCGAUUGGUGGCCAGGCUUUUGUCAUCAAACUUCGCAAAACGGAUGAACGCAGUCCGACUUCCAUGGUUUUAGAACCUCCUGAGAACCUUCAUUUGAAAACCUCCAUUUCCAGACAUUCAGCUGGAACUACACCUUGGCGUCAUAUGAAACAUGCUUGUGGGGAGAACCCGAGUCGAGUUUAUUCGGAUACCAGGAUGGAUACCAUCUGGGCCUUCCGUGAAGCCUAUAACAAAGCCGCCCAGAUCAAGAAACAACAAGACGACUUCUGUGCUCGAGCAGAGGCGGGCGACUUUGAAGGACUUGGCGAUUUCCCACAUGAUUUAAAAUGGGAAGCACUGGUUGAUGUACUCCGAGGCCGUGUAAAGGUCAAUAUCCACUGUUACGAAGCGGUCGAUCUCGACGCUUUGGUUAGACUAUCGAACGAAUUCAAGUUUCCAAUUGCUGCAUUCCACCAUGCGAUGGAGACGUAUCUUGUUCCCGAUCUUCUUAAAAAGGCUUACGGGAAUACACCGGCAGUCGCGUUGUUCGCCACAAACGCGAGAUACAAAAGAGAAGCAUAUCGCGCUUCGGAAUUCGCACCUAAAAUUCUGGCUGAACAUGGCAUCAGAGUCACUAUGAAGAGUGAUCAUCCGGUUUUGGACUCGCGACACUUGUUGUACGAAGCGCAGCAAGCACAUUUUUAUGGGCUCCCGGACAAUUUGGCGAUAGCAGCAGUCACCAGCAACUCUGCAGAGGUUAUGGGAAUGGGUCACCGUAUCGGUUAUCUGAAAGUUGGCUGGGAUGCCGACGUUGUCAUAUGGGACUCCCAUCCUCUAGCUCUUGGUGCCACGCCGGUACAAGUUUUCAUUGAUGGUAUACAACAACUUUACGACCCAUACGUCAUCAGCAAGCCAGAGGCAUUCCAAGAAACGCCCAAGGUUCCCAACUUCGACAAAGAAGCACAUGAAGCGGUAAAGUAUCAAGGACUCCCUCCGUUAACGCCGAAAACGAGUUCAGCCGAGACAGUCAUAUUCACAAAUGUGAAGAGCGUAUUCACAAGGUCGGGAGCUGGCGUCCGGAAAUUAUUCUCUUUUGAAGAGAAGGGGGCAUUGGGAGACGUUGUUCGAAGUGGGAAAAUCACUUGUUCUGGUCAAUGUGUCAAGGACCAUUUCGUUGAAAAUGCGGACGUGCUGGUCGUCGACUUGGAGGGCGGUUCGAUUUUCCCGGCGCUAGUGUCAUUUGGUGCACCGCUGGGGUUGGAGGCUAUAAACCAAGAACCAUCGACGAACGACGGAAACGUGUUUGAUCCGCUAAUGUCGCCUGUUCCGUCGAUUCUUGGAGGUGACUCUGCAGUUGUACGAGCAGUUGAUGGGUUACAGUAUAACACUCGUGAUGCCUUGCUAGCAUACCGAGGAGGUGUAACCACCGCCAUCACAGCUCCUAGUCAUAGGAAAUUCUUCUCAGGACUCAGUACUAUGUUCUCGACGGGGGCAUCGCACAAGUUGGAAGAAGGUGCCAUCAUUCAGGAAGUGACCGGACUUCAUUUUUCUGUCCGACACUUUGGUUCGCCCAGUGUUAGCACCCAGAUUGCAGUGCUUAGAAGGCUGUUGUUGAACCCUCCGGAAGGUGAUUUGGGUGAACAGCUCAAGCUGGUACUUCAACGUGUUAUGCCUUUGGUUGUCGAAGCUCAUAGCGCGGAUGUCAUUGCUACACUUAUACUUUUGAAGAAAGAAAUAGAAUACCAGAAGGGAUUCUCCAUCAAACUCACCGUCACAGGUGCCUCAGAGGCUCAUUUGCUUGCGAAAGAACUCGGGGAAGCUGAGGUUGGGGUAAUUCUGAACCCACCGAGACUUUUCCCCCACGUUUGGGAAGAUGUGAGGAUACUUGCUGGCCCACCACUCACAGAACAUAACGCGAUAACGAAGCUCGUGGCCGAGAAUGUUACGGUCGGUAUUGGGAAUUUAGAGAUAUGGAGCGCGAGGAGUACACGAUUUGACGUUGCUUGGGCGUCUUUGGAAGCCGACGGCAAGCUGAGUAAAGAGCAAGCUAUUGCCUUGGCGUCUAAGAAUCUCGAGGACUUACUCGGCGCAAAGAUUGACGACGAAGAGACUGAUCUGGUUGCCACUACUUCUGGUGACUUGUUUGAAUUGAAUGCGAAGGUUGUGGCUGUUGUGUCCCCGAAACGGGCGUCGGUGGAUCUCUUCUGAGUUAGCGAGGCGUGGUGAAUUGGACGAUUUUGGCUCAUCUUGCUGUUUAUAUGUAUUAGAUUGCUUUUCCAUUUACGCGGCGAAUUGCCUGAUACGUCUCGGACUGUUGAGUAUAUAGUAUACUGGGAACUUGGGACCUAUAUGGGCCCAUAAGUACGCCAUCCAAACCACAUUGAUAUCAAUACACCGCUAGAGUUCAAUAUGCGUGCAAGCACUGUGAAAAUCUCUCCGAGUCGCUUUGAAUGUUCGUCG